UUCCCCCACCAUUGGCUAAAGUAUCGACUCACCGCCGAAAUCGCAGCUAAAGCUUCCACAACUUUAGCAGCAGCUCCCAAGACCCUGGGACGAAAAAAGUGAAAAUUAAAAAAAGGUGGGAAAACAUAAAAAAAAAAACUUCGUCUGACUCAAGAAGUUCAAUUCUAUAGGAAAUAUAAUAGCCAUUGAGUUUAUUUAUUCCCUUUGCACACAUCGUCAACCCUCAUAAUCUCCACUCAACCUAUUAUUCUUCCUUUCACGAUGGCUUCUAGAGGGUUUUCCAAGGCUGUUCGUAGCCAAUUGGCCCGCCGUGUGGCCUCCCCCGCCGUUCAGACACGUUCCUUCGUCGCUGCGUCCAAUCUCGUCCGAGCUACCCCUAAGGCUCGCCCUGCCGUCGCUGGUGUUGUUCACCAACAGGUCCGUGGUGUAAAGACCAUUGACUUCGCUGGAACGCCUGAGGAGGUUUUCGAGCGUGCCGACUGGCCUAAGGAGAAGCUCCUAGACUACUUCAAGAACGACACCCUCGCCCUCAUCGGCUACGGUUCGCAAGGUCACGGCCAAGGUCUUAACCUCCGUGACAACGGCCUUAACGUCAUCAUCGGUGUCCGAAAGAACGGUCAAUCGUGGAAGGAUGCCGAACAAGAUGGCUGGGUUCCUGGCAAGAACCUUUUCGAGGUUGACGAGGCCAUCUUCAAGGGUACCAUCGUCAUGAACCUUCUCAGUGACGCCGCCCAGAGCGAGACGUGGCCCGCUAUCAAGCCCCAGCUUACCAAGGGCAAGACCCUAUACUUCUCUCACGGUUUCUCCCCUGUUUUCAAGGACGUUACCAAGGUCGACGUCCCCAAUGACAUUGAUGUCAUCCUAGUUGCCCCCAAGGGUUCCGGCCGAACCGUCCGAUCCCUUUUCCGUGAGGGCCGUGGUAUCAACUCUUCUUACGCCGUCUACCAGGAUGUCACUGGCAAGGCCGAGGAGAAGGCGCAAGCCCUCGGUGUAGCCGUCGGCAGCGGUUACCUUUACAAGACCACCUUUGAGAAGGAGGUGUACUCUGACCUUUACGGCGAGCGUGGUUGCUUGAUGGGUGGUAUCCACGGCAUGUUCCUCGCCCAAUACGAGGUUCUCCGAGAGCGUGGCCACAGCCCCAGUGAAGCCUUCAACGAGACCGUCGAAGAGGCUACUCAAUCCCUGUACCCUUUGAUUGGUGCCAACGGUAUGGACUGGAUGUACGAGGCCUGCUCCACCACUGCCCGACGAGGUGCCAUUGACUGGACCCCCAAGUUCAAGGAUGCCUUGAAGCCCGUUUUCAACAAUCUGUACGACGCUGUCCGAGAUGGUACCGAGACCAAGCGAUCCCUAGAGUACAACAGCCAAAAGGACUACCGACAAAAGUUCGAGGCGGAGAUGGAGGAGAUCCGCAACAUGGAGAUCUGGAAGGCCGGCAAGGCCGUAAGAUCUCUCCGACCCGAGAACCAGAAAUAAAUGCAUUUAGUGUGUUAAUAUAAAAAGAAAAAGAAAAUCUGGACGGUAAAAAAUAAAUGGCGGUGGCAUAUAUUCCCCGGGGACAACAAAAAAUAUUGCAGUGCGUUCUUGUACUUGUAUUUAGGAUUCCCCAAUGUCAUCUCUCAUGAGGAUCAUUGGGAGUAUGAUCCAAAAGGGUAUUCUAGAUGAGUCUGUUCUUUUCUCCUUUACCCCAAAUGAAGCCUUCGAAAAAGUAGCCGAUCCAGUCCUGGUAUGUCUAGAAAGUGGUGUCACUCCGUUAUCGGAACUAUGAUCGCAAAUUGUAGAUUUUUGACUGGUCCAGUUUUACGACUACCUUAACGCUAGA